GUUGCGGAGAGGAUGCACAGCUCUCCGGAGGGGACAAGAGAACAUUCGGUUGUGUUCUAAGCUCCAUCUGACGUAUCAUGUGUGAUGAGGUAGAAAACCAAGACGUUCCUUCAGAACAUAGCAGCAGCGGGAGCCAGUCAGAAUCGGACGAGGACCCGUAUGAAUCUGAAGAUGUCCAGCCUUAUGAAUUCUAUUCAGGCUCAUUUUUUGACCCAUGCCCUCAGCGUACUACCCAGGUUGUGUUUGAAUACCAUUCUGGUAGGAGAGUAGCACGGUUGAAGUCUCCACGGGAUCUGUAUGGCGUAUCCUCAGCCAGUUUCUUCCAGCUUCCACGGUGGCCGUACGAAUGCCAAGUUCUAAAGGAGAAGAUUGAUCAUAUUGAGUGGGAGCCGCCUGUUCCUGAGCCCAUGUACCAGCUGACAGGAUUGGAGAAAGAGCCUGCGUGUGCGGACCCCCUAGAGAGCAAGGUGGUCUACCAAGUCAGCGAAGGGUGGAAGGAGUCGUGCUUCAUGUGCUCCCGCGUGGGUGGCAAUAGUAGUCCCCUGAAGCCGGUGUCCCCCUUCGUCUGUUAUGAUUCGGACUCUGAGCUGGUGUUUGAGUCUAGAUUUGAGAGUGGCAAUCUGCAGAAAGCGGUCCAGGUGGGUAAAUAUGAGUACGAGCUGUCCCUUCGUACUGACCUCUAUACGGAUCGACACACCCAGUGGUACUAUUUCAGAGUGACAAACAUGAAAGCUGGCAUUCUGUACCGCUUCACAAUCAUCAACUUCAUGAAACCAACCAGCCUCUACAACAAUGGCAUGAGACCCCUUAUGUAUUCUGAAACAGAGGCAACCACAAGACAAAUAGGAUGGCGCAGAAUCGGAGAUGAGAUCAAGUACUACAAGAACAACCAUUGCCAGGAUGGACAAUCGUAUUACUCCUUGUCCUGGACCUUCAGGUUCCCACACAGUAGAGAUGUUUGUUAUUUUGCUCAUUGUUACCCCUACACCUAUUCCAACCUUCAGGAUUAUUUAGCCGGUAUAGCCAGUGACCCAGAGCGCUCCACGUACUGCAAAAUCCGGGUCUUGUGUCAUACAUUAGCUGGGAACAUUGUCUAUGUGCUGACCAUCACCAACCCUUCUCCAGCUGCCAAGGAACCCAAGAAGAAAAAGGCAGUGAUUUUGACAGCCAGAGUGCACCCGGGCGAGACCAACAGUUCCUGGGUUAUGAAAGGCUUUCUGGACUAUAUCCUAAGCUCCCAAAAUGAUGCUCAGCUGUUAAGGGACACCUUUGUCUUUAAAGUGGUGCCCAUGUUAAAUCCGGAUGGAGUGAUUGUAGGUAACUACCGUUGCUCCCUCACUGGUCGAGACCUCAAUCGUAACUACAAGUCCAGGUUGAAAGACUCUUUCCCAUCUACAUGGUUUACUCGUAACAUGAUUAAAAGAGUGAUGGAAGAGCGGGAGAUACUGCUGUAUUGUGACCUGCACGGACACAGCAGGAAGCAUAAUGUUUUCAUGUACGGAUGUAAAAGCAGAGGUGUCCAAAAUGGCGGCAGACGUCUGUGCGAGCGUUUAUUUCCCUUCAUGCUCGGCAAGAACUCUCCUGACAAGUUUUCUUUUUCAGGCUGUAAGUUUAAAGUGCAGAGGAACAAGGAGGGGACAGGACGGGUGGUGAUGUGGAAGAUGGGCAUCCAGAACAGUUACACCCUGGAGGCCACUUUCUGUGGAUCAACACUGGGCAACAGACGUGGAACUCAUUUCAGCACAAAGGACCUGGAGUCCUUGGGCCAGCACUUCUGCGAUACUUUAUUAGAUUACUGCGACCUGGACCGCACCAAGUACGCUGUGUGUCUGAAAGAACUAGAAGAUGUGGUGAAACAGAAAGUCAAUCACCAGCUAAGCAUGGACUCCGAGGCCUUUCUAGAUGACCUUUCUGAUCUGGACUCCAGCACUGGAGGCUCGGACAGCUCCGACUCUAAUGGUCCUCCUGCUCAUCUGAUGGAACUGGCGUGUAAGGUGAAGCCAAGAAAGAAGAUGCUGAAAUCAAAGAGAGAGAGGAAUUCCCAAAGGAAGCAACCUGAGCAAAGCCUUUUCCAAGACGCACAGGAUAACAAUGAAAACUCAAAGGGGAAAGAAAGUACAAACCCUGCGGACCGGCCACCACACUCCGCCACUCCUGCUAAGGAGGACAAUACAUGGAAGAUGAAACAGAUUUCCUUAGAGAAGUUAAAAAACCCUCCAAAAGGAUCUAAAAGAAAUAAAACCAUCCUGUCCAAAAAGCAGAAGGAGCCACCGCUCCAAGAUCUGGAUCCAAAGAAGGGCUUGAUUCAGUCCACUAUGAAUGAGGAUUGA